AUGCUGUCUGUGGCACUGCUCUACAUUUUGGCCAUGGUUUUCCCUACAGCUAAUGCAUUACCUUUAUACUCAGAUACAGCUUUGACACCACACGAAGACCUCCUUCAGAAACUGGUGACAGAAAUAGAGGACGGACAGAACGAUGACCUGAUUGCACAAAGAGACGUCAAAACGAUCCUUCCCGUCCUGCUUCACCAGGAAAGAGACAGAGACACUUGGUCUAAAGGAGUGAAAGAGAAUCUCCAACAGGAGAAAAUGAACAACAUGGUGGAUGACUUAAAAGAAGUCGUCAGGAAAUUAGCAGCAGCAGAUAACCUGCGCUCUCAAGGCUUCCUUCGAUCUGAGCAGAACUUACCCAAACCCAACAAGAGAGCCUGUUUCUGGAAAUACUGUGUAACAAACUAGGAGUCCUGAGGGAAUGAUGGAGGAACAGACACCAAAAAGGUCACGUUUGUCUUCUUCCUUAGACAUCAAUCCAGCAGCCCUAGCUCUUUAACAAUGUGUUUA